AUGGACCGCAUUGAAAAAUUGCUAGAGGACGACACCCUGACUCCAAAUUUCUUCAUCAAUGGCCUCUCGCCCCUGGUUGUGGCGGCGAGGAUGCCUACAGAACCUCAGUUACUUGAGGCUCUCUUACAACACGGUCAGAUCGAUGUGAAUAUGACCGACUGUGAGGGACGGUCUGCCCUCUCUUAUGCUGCUGAAUUUCAGCAACUUCAGUCCUUGAAGUCUCUCCUAUGCAAGGGAGCAAAGCAUGACUUGCAAGAUAGCGGCGGCCGCACGCCAUUGUCCUGGGCAGCAACCGCUGGAGAACCAGAUCAUUUUCUCCCCGCUAUCAAAGAGGUGAUCGAACAGCUCUUGGCAGCUGGAGCUGACGUUAAUGCAGAAGACUGGAAAAAGCGGACUCCCCUUGCUUGGGCAACGAUCAAAGGUAACAAGGCUACAGCGGAGCUUUUCCUGUCAGUGGACAACGUCAACGCCGACAUUCCGGAUACAGACGGCCGAACUCCACUAUCACAUGCAGCGGAACUUGGUCUUGCUGAGAUUGUACAACUUCUCCUUGAUUCAAAUGCGGACAUCAAUCUAGAAGACAAAUGUGGACGAACUCCACUAUUGUGGGCAACACAAAAAGGACAUGAGACCAUAGUAUCCGAACUUUUGGCAUCAGUGGGCGUUGAUGUGGAUCAUCUGGACCCUGACGGCCGGUCACCAUUAUCCCAUGCAGCGGAGCUUGGUCGCGGAGAAAUUAUACAACUUCUCCUUACCUCACGUGCCGACAUCAAUCUAGAAGACAAACUCGGGCGCACUCCACUGUUGUGGGCAACAAGGACAGGACAUGAAACUAUAGUAUACGAGCUUUUGGCAUCGCCGGGCGUUGAUGUGGAUCUUCCUGAUAGGGAUGGCCGAGCUGCUUUGUCCUUCGCGGCAGAGCUUGGGUACGCCAGCGUCGUGCAGACCCUUGUCAGUGCACACGCCUACGUCAAUUCUGAAGAUAAUACGGGACGGACUCCACUGGUAUGGGCCACUGUGACGCGUCGAGCCGAUAUAGUACAAAGCCUACUGGCCUCCGGCUUCGUUGACUUGGACCACCGGGAUAGUGACGGGCGAACAGCCAUUUUCCACGCAGCCUCGCUUGGUUACGAUGAUAUUAUGGAGCUGCUAAUGCAAAACGGUGCUAAUGCUUUCUGCACCGAUAAAGAAGGUCAUACUCCUUUCUGGGCACUUCUAAGCACCAGAAGUCGGCGGCAAGAAUACGAACCGAUACAAAACCCAUUCCAUAUCAUCAACUUGAUCAUGUCACUUCCGGAUCCGGACGUCAAGGAUCAGGAUGGUCGAACUCUGCUAUCAUGGGCUGCGGAGUUUGGGGACGAGGCCUUGGUACAGGCUCUAAUUCUGCGAGACGGAAACCCAAAUAUUCGAGAUCCGGGACAAUGGGCAGCAGCACAAAAUGGUAAUUUUAACAGGACUGACGCCGCUGAUGUUGUUAUAUUCCGCAAAACUCCGUUAAUAUGGGCCUUGGAGAAUGAGGAAGAAUCUAUCGUGCAACUUCUUAAAGACAUCGAUAGAGACAGUCUUCACCUACUACUCAGUGAGACCAGUACUAUUGGAGAGCAGAAGGCCUUGGACCUGGUGCGGGCUCUCAUUGACCAAGGAUACAACAUCAACCAAACUGAUGCGGAAGGGAAAACCCCCCUACACCUUGCGUGCACCAUGGCAGAUGACCAGUUUGCCUCUGCUUUGAUUCUGGGAAGAGCGCAUCUGAACAUUCAGGACAACUCACGCAAGACUCCCUUGCAGUAUGCGUUGACGGAGAAGAGAGUGGACACUGUCAGAGAACUCCUUAAGCACGGUGCGGACAUCAAGCCUAUUCCAUCGGUCAUUUGGCUGGCGCUUGGGAAUAAAGCAUCGGAGUAUGUCCAGCUUAGUCAAAUGCCUAGCAGGCAGAAACACACAAUGGAGCUGCUCACUGUUAUGGAAAAGCAUUCUUGGAUACCCUCCGCUGGGGAGCGCAGAUUAUGGACCCUCAACAGUGCUAAGUAUGAUGGAUGUGUCGCAUCUCAUAUGGCCGUAUCUUUUCCUUUUAAGAAUCAACACGGGUCUGCAAAGCGGAGCGAACAGCUUACUCUACGAGGCAGAAGUCGCCAAUUAAUCGAUGAACUCGCGCGAAUCGCCCUGAGGCGCACCGAACUUCGGCGUGGCCUACAGCAACAUGUUGUUGGGCUCCGCAGAGCAAUUGAAACGGAUACCACGAUCAAAGUCGAGGAGAAACCAUGUUUAGCAGAGAUGAUUCAGGACAUCGACAUCUCUACAAUGGCGGUAUUAGACGAUGUGGAGAAGUCUGUACGAGAACUUCUACAAAUUGUGGGUAUUCAAGCCAACUCUCCCCAUUUUGCGUUAACGUCGUCAGGAAUUCGCCUGGGUGUCAAUCAAUGA